GGGACUGGCCGCUCCGCCCCCUAGGCUCCCCUGCGGCUCUGCGGUCGGACGCUGGGCGCAGGGAGCAGAGCUGAGCUGAGCGCCGUGCACCCCGCGGCGCCUGGGUGCCUGUCCUGCCCGUCGCGCAUGCAACGCAGUCUUUCACCGAUUGUGUGGUCCAGGCCUCCAUGAGGAGCACAAACAUGGAGACGUUCAAGCAGCAGAGGGUGGAUGACUUUUAUGAUAUUGGAGAGGAGCUGGGGAGUGGCCAGUUCGCCAUCGUGAAGAAGUGCCAGGAGAAAAGCACAGGGCUAGAGUAUGCAGCCAAGUUCAUCAAGAAGAGGCAGAGCCGGGCCAGCCGUCGGGGUGUGUGCCGGGAGGAAAUCGAGCGGGAGGUGAGCAUCCUGCGGCAGGUGCUGCACCCCAACAUCAUCACGCUGCACGACGUCUAUGAGAACCGCACCGACGUGGUGCUCAUCCUUGAGCUGGUGUCCGGAGGAGAACUGUUCGAUUUCCUGGCCCAGAAGGAGUCCUUAAGCGAGGAGGAAGCCACCAGCUUCAUUAGGCAGAUCCUGGACGGGGUGAACUACCUCCACACAAAGAAAAUUGCGCACUUUGAUCUCAAGCCAGAAAACAUCAUGUUGUUGGACAAGAGCAUUCCUGUCCCACACAUCAAGCUGAUUGACUUUGGCCUGGCACACGAAAUAGAAGAUGGAGUUGAAUUUAAAAACAUUUUUGGGACACCGGAAUUUGUUGCUCCUGAAAUCGUGAACUAUGAGCCACUGGGACUGGAGGCCGACAUGUGGAGCAUCGGUGUCAUCACCUACAUCCUACUAAGCGGAGCGUCCCCCUUCCUGGGAGACACAAAGCAAGAGACCCUGGCAAACAUCACUGCUGUGAGUUACGACUUCGAUGAGGAAUUCUUCAGCCAGACAAGCGAGCUGGCCAAGGACUUCAUUCGGAAGCUUCUUGUGAAAGAGACCCGGAAACGGCUUACGAUCCAAGAGGCUCUCAGGCAUCCCUGGAUCACGUCAAAAAGAGAAGCCAGAGCCCCUGAGCAGUGGAAGACACAACCUGUCCAGCUGAAGACCAAACGCCUGAGAGAGUAUACCCUCAAAUGCCACUCAAGCAUGCCCCCCAACAACACUUACGUCAACUUCGAACGCUUUGCUCACGUGGUAGAGGAUGUGGCUCGGGUGGACGAGGGAUGCCACGCCUUGGCGGGAGCCCAUGAUACCCUGCGGGAUGACGUGGAGUCCCUGGUCUCUAUCUACAACGACAAGGAGGCCUGGUACCGAGAAGAGAAAGAGGAUGCCCGGCACAGCCUGUCCCAGCUCAAGUAUGAAUUCCGCAAGGUCGAGUCCCUGAAGAAGCUCCUGAGAGAAGACAUCCGGGCCACAGGGGACAGCCUCGGGGGCGUGGCCAGGAAGCUAGACCAUCUGCAGGUGCAGUUUGAGACUCUGAAGCAGCAGCUCUCUGCAGACAUUCAAUGGAUGCAGGAACUGGUGGGCAGCUUCCAGCUGGGGAGCGAGCACACAGGUGGCCACAGCCUGGCCUCCACGUUCCGCUGGGACACGAAUGAGUCCCUAUUGGAGCUGCCCAACAGAUCACCCGUGGAGGAAAUCCUGGCCGGCUUGAAGUUCUGAGCUCC